AUGUUUCGAUUGAUAAAAUUCAAAGGGGUAUAUUGCAAAUAUAUAAUAUUAUUGUUGUUGAGCUUAUUUAUUUCAAAAGUAAAGACAUAUAGAAAAACAAAAUGGAGUGGAUUGUGGGAAAAUUAUUAUGAACCUUGUUUAGAAAUAAAGUCAAAAAAAACUAAUUAUAUUCUUUUACAAAAUAAACAAAAUUCUAUAUCAUAUAAUAAAUAUAAUGAGAAUAAUAAAUCGAAAAGAAAUCAUUUUGUAAAAACCAAGGUGAAAAAAAAUAUGCUUUUUAUAGAGAUCCCGAUUUUAACACACCAUUAUUAUAAUAAUAAAAAAAGUUGGAGAAAAUUAGAAAAAAAAAAGAAAUGUCAUGAUAGUUUUUAUUCAUCUAUUUUUGUAUCACAACAAAUUAAUAAUAAUGAAAAAAAAGAAGAAAGCACAUUAAAAGAAAAUAAUCAAUUAAAUGAAACUGAAAAACAAGAUUUAGAACAAAAUAAUGACAAUAAAUUUACAACCAAUUCAAUACAAAUAAAUAAUAAUACAAAGAAUAAUAAAAAAAAAAAUUAUAAAUUUACAUCAUGGAAUAAUAAAAAUGAAAUAAAUAAUUUUGAUGUAGAAAAAUAUGAUAUAAUAAAUAAUGGGAACGACACACAUAAAUAUCAUUCCUCAUUUUUUACAUCUAUUAAAAAUAAAAAAGAAAAAAAUGAAAAUACACAUUAUUUAAAUUUCAAAAUAAAUAAAGAACUAAUAAAUACAUUAUCUGUAGAAGAGUUAUUAAAUGUUCUUGCAAAAUAUGAGGAUAAUAAAAUAACAAGUAAUAUAUUAAAUGGACAAUCAAAUAAUUCAAAAAACACAAUUCUUAAUGAAGUAAACAUCGUAACAGCUUACCAUCGAAUUGCAAAGCAUAUUAAAAAUAAAAAUUAUUUGCUCAAAGAAAAUACAAAAGAUAACAAUGAAAUGGAUGGUUUUUUUGAUCCAAUAACAUUCAGUUUAUUUGAAAAUUAUUCAAAUGUAAUGGAUGAAAAGGGCGACGAAAAAACUGAAAACUUAGUUACUAACAAUUCAAUUACAAAAGAAAAAACUGAAAACUUAGCUACUAACAAUUUAAUUACAAAAGAAAAAACUGAAAACCUAGCUACUAACAAUUCAAUUAUAAAAGAAAAAACAUUUUCAAAUAUAAGUUAUAAUAAUCAUUCUUCUUUAUGUAACAUAGAUACAUAUAAAAAUUUAUAUUGCUUAUUGAAAAAUAAACUGGUUAAUAAUAAAUCUAUAGUACCUAAGCAUAUAGCGAAUAUUGCAUGGGCAUCUACUAUUAUAUUAAAUGAUGAUAUAUAUAUAUGGAAUAAUAUAAAAAAACAAUUUUAUGAAAAUAUUCAAAAUUUCAAAGCACAAGAAAUAUCAAUUAUUGUAUGGUCUUUUAGUGCAUCCAAAAAUAAACUUAUUCAAAAUAAAAAGGAAUUUAUAUUAUUAUUUAAUUGUAUAAAAAAAUAUAUAGAUGAAAAUAAAUUUAAAGCUCAAGAAUUUAGUAAUAUUAUAUGGUCAGUUGCUGUUUCAAAAUAUGCAAACUUUGAUUUGCUAAUUAUAUUAUAUAACUAUGCUUUAAAGAUAUUUGAGAAAUUAUUUAUGAAAGACAUUGCAACCAUUUUAUAUAGUUUGUCUAUUUUUGCUACUGACACAAUAAAUCAAAAAAUAAUUAACACUAUUAAAAAUAGACAUUUUGAAAAAUAUGGGAUAAAGAAAGAUUAUUUGACAAUACAUAAAGAAGGAACUCAAUUUGAUAAUGACUUUAAAAAAAAUGAAAAUAAUUUGACAUUCACUUUUUCGUAUUUUAAUAAAAUACCUCAAAAUCAAGAUAAUAUUUAUGUAGACAAUUUAAUUAUUGAAGAAAUUGAUAAUGAUGAUACAUCAAAUUUAUAUAACAAAUUAAGUGAUGAUAAAAAAUAUGUUUUUUUUUUGCUUUUUGAAAAUUUUUUAAUUUAUUCGUUAAAAAAAAUACAAAAUGAAAGCGAAAAAAUGAAUAUGAGAAUUUGGGCAAAUAUAUUCUGGUCCUGUGCAAAUAUAGGAUUAGGGAUUUAUAAUGAUUCAUAUUUUAAUCAUAAUCUUAAACAUUACAAAUAUAUAUCAAUAAAUGUAGAUUCUCAAAAUGAUAAUAGAAACUACUAUAUUGAAGAAGAUAAUAAAAUAAAAUAUGAAAAAGAAUCAAGUUCUAUGUAUACUAUAUUAACAAAAAAUAAAUUACAAAAUUCAAAUAUUGAAAUAGAUUUAAAACCUUAUGUUCAUAUUAUUGAAAAUAAUUAUGUAUUCCCAUUAAAAUCAGAUGUAGAAAGUCGUUAUUCAAAUUAUUUGAAAACAGAAAUGGAUGGAAAACAAUAUGGAAUAAAUGUAAAUUUAGAUAUUUUUAAUCAAAAUGAAAAUGUUAUUGUACCUUUUAAGUUAGAUAAAGAAGAAAUUUCGAACUCUAUUACUAAUUAUGUUUUACCAACUGAAAAUGAAAAACACGCCAAUCCAAAUAACUAUAUAAAUAGCAAUGAAAAUAUGGAACACAAAAAUGAUAAAGAUGAAAUCGACUAUUCUGUAUUUUUAAAAUCAUUGAAUCUACAAAAAAAUGAUGCUAUUUAUAACAAAACUAAUAAAAGUACUAUUGUGCUUAAAUUAGUAGAAAACUUUGAAUAUGAUUUAAGUAAUAAAAUAAUUAAAUGGACAAGAUGUGAGAUUCAAUCUAUUGCUAAUAUAUUAUGGAGUUUAUCUAUUUUAAAUAUAUUUUCUAAAAAAAUAUUUGACGAUGGAUUGAAUGAAUGUAAUAAAAGAUUUAUCAAAUAUGGAAAAAGAAAAAAUUAUAAUAAAAUCCAAUAUUUUAUUUCACAAUUACACCAGUCACAAUUAUAUCAAGUAGCUUUUUCCUAUGCCAUUUAUUUGUUAAAUAAGAAAAAUAUACAAAAUAUACAAAAUAUACAAAAUGUACAAAAUAUACAAAAUAUACAAAAUGUAAAAAAUGUAAAAAAUGUAAAAAAUGAGAAAACAAUUACAACUAUCAAACAAUCCCUUUAUAAUAUUUUUGAAAAAUAUUUUAAAAUAUCUAUUAAUACUCUCAAUAUAUGGAAAAAACAAUUGGCUAGAAAUCAGAGAAAAGAGGAAAAGCACCACGUUUCUUCUUCUGUGCAUAAAAAGAUUUCAGCCGAUCUUAAGUACCUUAAUGUUUUUCAUUACAACGAAUAUUUUAUUUUGGAUUCGAUUUUAGUGGACGCAUACAUUCCUCACACUAUGGUUGCCAUAGAAAUCGAUGGCCCCAGUCAUUUCAUUCAAAGAGGGGGAUCAAUCGUGUAUAAUCCAAACACACUGUUUAAGAAAAGAUUGCUGAGAGCUCUUGGAUUUGUUGUUGUUUCAAUUUCAAUUACUGAACAUACAUUUAUUUUUAGUGCAUUGACCACAAUUAAUUUUGUUAAACGAAUUUUAGCAAAAAUUAAUUAUAAUAAAAUAUAA